AUGUCCCUUCUUCGCAGUGUCGCCCUCGCGACUCUCGCGCUUCGCGUCGCCGCAGACCCAAUCAUAGGCAACAUAGUUCCCGCCUCAUACGGGGGCGUACCAUCUCCCCCACUCGGCUACAUGGUCGAUAACAUGCGUGCCAACUCAGGCCUGGGCUACCCAUCGCCUGCCAAGUCUAUUACUCUCGCAGACAUCAUCCCCCAGGUCGAUUCCAAGGGUAAUAGCCGCUGCUGUCCCGUCGGCACCAUCAACGACGGCACAGGCUGCGUUUUCCAGGAGUCUUCUGUCUGUGAAAAGGGCACUAUCCUCCAAGGAAACGUCUGUGUGAGUGUUGACGGACCGCAGUGUCCUGGAAACCUCAAGUUCGAUGGCAGGAUCUGUCGCAGUGACGAGCCACCCAAGUGUCCUGGGUUGUCGCAGUACAACGUUGCCACCAACCAGUGUGAGUCUUCGACUGGUCCCAAGUGUCCUGCUACGUACAACCUCGACAAGGGAACUUGUGUUUCCCAGUCGCCUCCAUCCUGCCCCAUCGGCUACAGCGAAAAGAACGGCCUUUGCGUUGAUAACUUCCCCCCUGUGUGUCAUGGAGCAAACCAAGUCUAUGAUAAGGGAUCAUGUGUUAGCAAAGACCCUCCUAGUUGUCCCAAAGGAACGAAGCCUCAGGGGAGGAAAUGCGCUGGAGUUAUUCCCCCAGUAUGUGGGAGCGACGCCAGGCUUGAGCGUGGACAUUGCGUGUUGACUCCAGAAUGCCCUGAGAAGUACAAGUUCAAUAGAUGGGUCUGCGUCAGGGAAGAUGACCCUGUUUGCUCCUCUGGAGUCUUCAAGAAUGGAGUUUGCCAGGCUGAUCCCACGUGCCCGGUCGGCUACACCUACGACGCAAAUGUUGACACCUGCACAUAUAUUACAGAGCUUCAAUGUAGCUCUGGAUAUAAGAUCUUUACCGCGACAUCUGGUGCCAAGGGUUGUUGCAAGGAGGGCACCGACGACUUUGACGGAACGUUCUGCUCGUGGGAAGUUACUGACUCCGAGUGCCCUGAAGGUACCGAGUACAAGGAAGGAUAUUGUCGCCAUCCUUCUGAAAGCCCUUCUUGCCCUGACCUGUAUGACUCCGUCGAUGGCAAAUGCGUUAAGCGAACCGUACCUCGGUGCACUCUCGGAAGCUACAACAAAGGGAAGUGCAUCUUGGGCGAUCCAACUUGUCCCUCAGGAAGUCAAUUCAACGGCAAAGAAUGCGUACUUAUUGAGAGAGCCUCUUGCCCUGACGGAUCCAGACUUGUUGGCGAUAAGUGUAUUUCUCUGGACCAGGCAACCUGCCCUCAAGGUCAGCGACUGGAAGGAGACGAUUGCAUCCACGAGGAACCAGCAAAGUGUCCCCCCAACACGAUCCUUGAUAACGGCGUCUGCAAGCACCCCGAUAUCCCCAUUUGCAAGCCUGGCACCAACUAUCUCAAUGAGCACUGCACCUUGCCGACUCUCCCAGCCUGUCCAAAGGGCAGCAUGAUCAGCAACGGAAAGUGUGUCGCGAUCCAACCUCCGCAGUGCCCCGAAAAACAUAGAUAUUGCGGUGCCACUCAUACCUGUGUUCCAACAGGGCCUCCCAAGUGCCCAGACGACCUUGUAUGGGACAGAUAUCACUGCGUGAGCCGAAAACCGGCGACCUGUCCUAGUGGUUACACUCGCGUUGGUUCGGACUGUAUCAGCGAGAACGACCCUCGGUGUAAAGAGGGAUUUGUGUUCGAUGUCAAGUCCCAAGGCUGUGUUUCCAAGGCUGAGCCGGAAUGCGCUGAAGGGCUUAGUUUCGAUGGAACAAAGUGUGCGUCUCCCAAAUCUCCAGAGUGUACUCAUGAAGGGACCAAGUACGAUCCUGAAACACAAUCUUGUAUCGCCGCGCCACCUGGCUGUCCCGAGGGCACAGACCUCAAGAAUGGCGAGUGUGUGCUGAGGGCGCCACCACAAUGCCCUGAAGGUACUGAAAUGAAGGAUGAUUUGUGUGUUGCUAUUAGGGGUCCUGAGUGUGAGGGUAAUCUCACCAUGGUUGACGGACGUUGUGUAUCUGAGAAGCCGCCUAAUUGUGGUGACGGAACUACCUGGGAUGGAUCUCGUUGUGUUAUUGGUACUAGGACUUCAUGCUUCAACUUGGAGGUCUGUCCUCCUAUUGGUGCUGCUGCUCUACCAGCCCCUUCAUUGGAGGUUUAA